GCUGAAACAGCAGCCUAAACCGUUUGGAGGCAUCCUGCUCCGCCCUCAUCAUCAUCAACAUCAUCAUCAUCGUACAGUUUACUUUCUGCUCAUAUACAAAGAGACAACCGAGGGAGAGCCAGGGUGGUAGAAGGUUAAGUUGCGUUUUUCACCUAAGCAAAACCAAAGCGUCAGAUCGAAAAAAUAAUGAGCUCGCUGAGAGUCACCAAGGGGUCGGUGCGAAGCGUCACAUGAAAAUAGUUUAGGAAAAGAUGUGACGACGACGGAAUGGCAGUUGACGGGGCAAAUAACGAAGCAACGGUAAUGUUACUUUAGUUGACAGCUAAAGCGUUAGGUUAGCUAGCUAACGCCGCGAGCCCGUCCUACACCCAGGUUGACUGUCUUGGAUUACAGAGACAGACCCACAGACCUGCGUUGAUUUCGGGAAACUCAAGCAGCCAUCAGAGGACCUCAGGCAAAGUGGAUGUUUGUUUCAAGCAGCACAUGGCCUGUAUUCUGCUGACAGACAUGGACCCACCCAUCUCCAGUCCCACAGCACGUCACAAUGGCCUCCUCCUUGACCCCGACCCAGCCACUGGAUCCGACCCCAAGCAGGACAUGGAUGCCACCUGCCUCACUGUCCACCUUUACUAUCUGGGGAAGGAUGGAGGAGUGGGUGGGGCCAACUCUUCAGAAAGUGCGCUCACGUUUCCACCUGGAGAGUACGUAGCAGAGGAACUGUGCAUCAGUGCAGCGAAAGCAUGUGGGAUUGCUCCAGUGUACUGCAGCUUGUUUGGCCUGAUGAGGGAAAGUGACCGGAUAUGGUUCCCUCCUAAUCACAUCUUUAAACUGCACCAGCCAGCCAGUGAGAGCCUGCACUUUAGAAUCAGAUACUAUUUUCCUGGCUGGUAUAACAGCAGCAAUUCAUUGUAUGCCCAUCGCUAUGGCAUGUCCAAGGGGAUGGAGAGCCCUGUGAUGGAUGAUUGUGUCAUGGCAUACCAGUUUUUUCAGUGGCGCAAUGACUUUCUGAAUGGCUGGGUUCAUAUUCCAGUGAGUCAUGAGGCCCAGGAGGAGUGUCUGGGCAUGGCGGUGCUAGACAUGAUGAGGCUUGCCAAAGAGAGGGGUCGGUCACCUGUGGAUAUCUGCAAUGAUACCAGCUACAAGUCCUUUCUGCCGAUAAGCAUGCAAAGCCGCAUCCAGGAAUAUAACAUCUUGACUCGGAAGAGGAUCCGCUAUCGCUUCAGGAGAUUCAUCCAGCAGUUCAGUGAAUGCAAGGCCACGGUGUGUAACCUCAAGCUCAAAUACCUGAUGAGCCUGGAGAUGCUGCUGCCCUCCCUCUACUCUGAGCGCUUCCAAGUCACCGACCUCUCUGCAAACGAGGUUACCAUCGUCAUCAUGGGCAACAAGGGCAUCCAGUGGUCAAAAGGGAAAGAGGAGGAGGGAGCAGAGGAGGAGCUACAGACAUACUGUGACUUCCCAGCGGUGAUUGACAUCAGCAUCAAACAGGCCAAUAAGGAAGGCUCUGUGGAGAGUCGCAUAGUUACCCUCACUAGACAGGACAACCAGAUCCUGGAACUGGAGUUUCAUUCGCUCUCAGAGGCUCUGUCAUUCGUAUCAUUAGUUGAUGGGUAUUAUAGACUGGUUGCAGAUGCCCAUCAUUACCUGUGCAAAGAGGUGGCGCCACCAAGACUUCUGGAGUGCAUUCAGAGCUACUGCCACGGCCCUGUGUCGAUGGAGUUUACGAUUGGUAAGCUGCGUCGCUCUGGUAACCACCAAGGCCUGUACAUUCUUCGGUGCAGCCCCAGGGACUACGACAAAUACUUCAUGUCUUUUGUGGUGGGGUAUGAAACUAUGGUGGACUAUAAGCACUGUCAGAUCGUGAAGACGGAGGCAGGAGAGUACAUUCUGAGUGGUGCUAAGAGGAGCUUCGGCUCACUCAGGGAACUUCUGCACUGCUACCAAAAGGAGGCGCUCCGCACUGAUGGAUACACAUUCCAGCUGACCAGGUGCUGCCCACCCACUCUCAAAGAUAAAUCCAACCUGCUGGUGUGUCGAAACAAUCAAGGGGCAGAGGUUCCACUGUCUCCCUCGCUUCACAAACACAACAUCAGCCAGAUGGUCUUCCACAAGAUCCGAAAAGAGGACCUCGUCAUCAAUGAGAGUCUGGGCCAAGGAACGUUCACCAAGAUCUUCUGCGGUGUGAGGAAGGAGCUGGGAGACUAUGGAGAGAUACACCAGAUGGAUGUUGUUAUCAAGAUCCUGGAUAAGGCUCACCGCAACUAUUCAGAGUCAUUCUUUGAAGCAGCCAGUAUGAUGAGCCAGCUUUCCCACAAGCACUUACUCCUCAACUAUGGCAUGUGUGUUUGUGGCGAUGAGAACAUGAUGGUGCAGGAGUACGGUAAAUUUGGUUCACUGGACACCUACCUGAAAAAAAAAAAAAGCUGCGUUAACAUCACCUGGAAGCUAGAAGUGGCCAAGCAGCUGUCCUGGGCUAUGCACUACUUGGAAGAUAAGAACCUCAUCCAUGGAAAUGUUUGUGCCAAGAAUGUUCUUUUGAUCAGAGAGGAGGAUCGGAUUACGGGCAGCCUGCCCUUCAUCAAACUCAGUGACCCGGGUAUCAGCAUCACCAUGCUGCCCAAAGAAGUUCUGGUGGAGCGUAUCCCAUGGGUACCCCCCGAGUGCAUUGAAAACCCCCAGAACCUGAGUUUAGCCACAGACAAGUGGAGCUUUGGGACCACUCUUUGGGAGAUCUGCAGUGGCGGAGACAAACCACUCAGCACCCUGGACUCCUCCAAGAAGAACUUGUUCUAUGAGGACAGGCACCAGCUACCGGCUCCUAAAUGGACAGAGCUGGCCAAUCUGAUCAAUAGCUGUAUGGACUACGAGCCCUUUCACCGACCCUCUUUCAGAGCAAUUAUCAGAGAUCUCAAUAGCCUCUUCACACCAGACUAUGAGCUGCUGGUGGAGAGCGAUAUGGUACCCAACAAGACAAGAGGCUUCGGCUUCCCGUGGGCCUCCGAGAGCCAGGAGCCCGCCCAGUUUGAGGAGAGGCACCUCAUCUUUCUCAAGCAGCUAGGCAAAGGAAACUUUGGUAGCGUGGAGAUGUGCAGGUAUGACCCCCUGCAGGACAGCACAGGGGAGGUGGUGGCCGUGAAGAAACUACAGCACAGCACAGCCGAGCACCUCAGGGACUUUGAGCGGGAAAUCGAGAUCCUCAAAUCCCUCCAGCAUGAAAACAUUGUGAAAUACAAAGGAGUCUGCUAUAGUGCAGGACGAAGGAACCUACGGCUGAUAAUGGAAUAUCUCCCCUACGGCAGCUUGAGAGAUUAUCUCAUCAAACACAAGGACCACUUUGAUUCCAAGAAACUGCUGCACUAUGCAUUACAGAUUUGCAAGGGUAUGGACUACCUUGCCAUUAAGCGAUACAUCCAUAGAGACCUGGCCACACGAAACAUUCUGGUAGAGAGCGAGAUGAGGGUGAAAAUCGGUGAUUUUGGCCUGACCAAGAUGCUGCCACAGGGCAAAGAGUACUACACUGUCAGAGAGCCUGGGGAAAGCCCUAUCUUCUGGUAUGCCCCAGAGUCGCUGACAGAGAGCAAGUUCUCUGUGGCAUCAGAUAUCUGGAGUUUUGGUGUUGUCCUCUAUGAACUCUUCACUUACAGUAACAAGAACUGCAGCCCACCAGUGGUGUUCAUGGACAAGAUGGGAAAUGAAAAGCAGGGCCAGAUGAUUGUCUACCAUCUCAUAGACCUGCUGAAACAGGGAUAUAGGUUGCCUGCUCCUGAUAAUUGUCCAAAGGAGAUUCACACGAUGAUGACAGAGUGCUGGAACAGUGAACCGAGACUGCGCCCUACUUUCAAGACAUUAAUCCACAGCGUGGAGACUGUACGAGACGGCAUGGAUGGAUGAGCGGCAUUGAUCCCUGAACCUUUGACCUUUUAGGUGUUAACUCCUGGGAGUCAGUCCUCACAGAUCUUAACAGAACAAUGAAUGUCUUUGUGACGUAUGGGUUUACUGCAGGGAUGCAGUCACUAGGCUAAAGUAUACUUGUUUUUUUUUUCCCUUUUGGUGUUCUGCAUGUCUGUCAGCCUAAUUAACAUGAUGAUGAAGAAUGGUGAUGUCCACUUUCUUAGCAGUUUACCCACUUCUUUCUAUGGCCACAUGAAGUAUACAAAUUAUCUGAUUAAUUAGUACACUACAUCUUACUCAGACACCAAACAAAAGAUUAUUUCUGAUGCCUUUAAAAACAUUUCAGUAAAUUAUUUUCUUUGUGUUAUUUCUACAUGUUGUAUUUUACAAAUUGAAUUUGACGAUAGUCAUGGACUGGAGAUAGAUACACUUCCAAGAUUUUCUCUACUUUAAGUGUGUUGAAUGUUUAAGCCUUAAAGUCAAUAUUAGUACCAAAAAUGUAUAAAUCAUCAACAAGCAGUGUUUUGUUAAUGUUCUGUCCUUUGAUUUUGUGUUUUUAUUGUUUUAAAAUGAGCAGCGACUUAUUUUGUUUAACCAAAGAGGCCGUGGGAUUCUUAAGACUGGUUGCACAACUGAACCUCACCUCACUGCACAGCUCAUGUGUGGCCGGACUUUUAAGGACACCCCGUGACAGACUUUUGCUUGAUAGUUUUAAGACUGAUAAAGAACAGACCAUAAAUGUAAAGCACCAUCUGUACUUCUGUCACAAGGGGACCCACCAUGAACAUUUCUACAAGUGGUUUUGUCACAGAGGACUUGUGUUUCACAGGUAUUCAUUGCACAUCGAGGAUGAUUCUGUGUUUUUCUGAGCUGAAGAGGCAACAGCAGAGGCACCCAGACUCCUGUUUUAAGUGGUGUUAGUUUGCUAUGACUACACUUCUUUCCACACAAGAAAGGUCAGACGAAUUGCCUGUUAUUUGUUUACAUCAUUUCAUGCAAUGUGGAAACAAUGAAAUACAUUAAAGAGACAGCAAUAACUGCUCAUUAAUCUCUGAGAACUGGGUAUCUAGUAGUGUCAUAUCAUAGACUCAUACAGUAUCAUUCUUGUUUUUUAAGGAAACUGGCAAUUAUGAUAUUGCCUUUGUAUUUACUAACUUGUAUAUAUUUUAUAAAUACAGUAAGUAUUUCAAUGUAAUAAUAAUAAUAAUAAUAUAAGGCUGUACUAUCUGCCUGUUGAUGCCUAAUGUGAAAAGUUGAAUAGUUUAUUUUGCUGAAAGGUGGAGAAAAAGUAAUGAAAGGAGAUGCUUUUAUUUUCUGCAGUAGCUUGUUGUUGCAAGCCAUGGAUUUAUUUAAAACUUAUUCGACUUUUGCUCGUUAUUAUUUUUCCAAUCAUUUAAAGAUAUAUAUGUUGAAUAUGUGUGUUAUAAUGUGCAUUACAUUGUCAACCACAAAUGUAUCAGUGGUCACAAUAUUUUAAAUUUGAAUGCUUAAAACUAUAUACCAAAUGUUAAUGACUGAAGGAGGCGGGUCGGCCAUUAUUUGGGAUUUGAGUUCAGACUGGUGAGAGGAAACUCCCUGAACAGAAUCAUAUUUGUGGAACAGAAUCUUUUUCUUUUUUUUCCAUUGUCAAGCUUAAUAUAAAACCCCACUUUCCAAGGUUGUUUUAUGCCAUAAAAGGCAGGCCACACAAAAAUGCAUGCACAAAAUAUCAAAGGAUGGAUGCCCUCUCACAUCGCUAAGGUGGAGUCACUGUAAAGAGCCAAGUUUUAUCACUUACAAACACACAGUGCGUCUGUGAGCUCCCACACUCGAACCUCUGGGCAGUGUUUAUACUGAUGAUCUGGCCGGUGUGAAUAUUUUGUCUGUUGUAAAUGAGAGAUUGUCAGUUUCUUCAGAGUAGUUAAAAUGCCUACAAUCUAACUGUUGCUACCUAACGGGUUAUGUUAUUAUUAUUAUUUUUUAAUUAUUAUUCAGAAAGUUUGUAAAUUUGAGGGGAAAAAAAUCAAGGCCUUGAAAGUUUUUGAAAAUAGACAUAAAUAGACAUGGGUCACUGAAAGUGCUUGAAUUUAUAUAUUUAGUGCUAGAAUAUAAAUUUAAGUCCUUUGGAUUUUUAUUUUUUUUUUUACUUAACAUCACUGUAACACAGCAGCACAGUUGAUAAGUGUUCACACAUUCAAGCCUCUCUCUCUUUUUAAUUGUUGUCUGUGAGCUUCUGUAAAGCCUGCUAGCUCUCAUUAUAAAAAUUAGCAGUGUUGUUACAGUAAUCAACUUUGAUCCGUGUCUCAAACGAUGCCACGUUGGGUCCUGGAAUUUGAGGGAACUGGGCCUGAAAAGUCCUUGAAUUUGAUAUUUAAGGUGUGGGAACCAUGAUUAUUGUGAUAUAUGUGCAUUGAUGUGUAAGACCAAAUAUGAUUGUUUUGUGAAAUAUGUAUAAUUUUUUUAAUCCAAAGAUUUUCAGAAAAACAGAUUGUUUAACCAGAUUAAACUGGUGCUUCUUCUUUCUGUUUAUUUCAGGUUUUUAGUUUGUUGCAAUGUGAACAACAUUAAGCCUGUUUUUGUCAUCUGAUGGCAACAAGCAGCUACCUUUAAUACAUUUAUGUGUAGAUAGAUGUAAAUAUUGAAAGAUGGAUAUGUAUUAUAUUCCAGGUGUGUAUAUACUUUUAUUAAACAAACAUACUGUA